AUGGAGUACGCUGCGGUUGAAAUCGGUCCACCUGGGUCGCUCUUAUACAGAAAAUUCCUCCUGGACGCGGCGCGACUCGCCGUCGCGCCGCCAGACCCUAGUGACAGCGCUUCGGUUGCACCGCCAUUCGCCGCGCCGCAGACUCCCAAGGCGAAGACGAAGCGCGGAAGGUUCGCGUCUCCGCUUUCGCCGUCGGCGCCGGCAGCGGCAGUGGCGCAAGACCUCGUCGUCGUCCCCCUUUCCCCAUGGCACCAGGUCCCGCUGCACCUUUCCGCCUCCGCCGCCGCCGCCGCCGCCGCCGCCGCCGCCGCCUCCCAUGCCGCCGCGUCAGCGACGACGGGAACAGGAUUAGCGUCCGGUGGUAGAUUAGAGGGCUUGGACAAAACCAUUUUGAAUUCGGCCAAAGUUACACUCUUCCCCGCGCUUCGCGCGGCAGCGGCUGCAGGGGCCGCGGUUACUAGUGGUAGCUCCUCCGCCGCCUCCUCCGCUGCUUCCUCCGCGGGCCCCGCGGAACCACCCCCGGGUGACGGCACUGGCGGCGGCGGCGGCGAAUUCUUCCGCAUGGUUUGCGCCGUUCCGCGCGGCACGUGGGCGCAGGUAGAGCUGGCGGUGGGGGAGUCUCCGCACCAUCCGCUGCGGGUGCGCGGAGUGAACGACCUUCCCUCUCAUUAUAAUCACAACCUUCAGUGGAACGUCGGCUUCCUCCCGCAAACUUGCUGCUGCUUCGAUAUUGACCAACUCGACGGUACUACAAGUAACGCUACUAGUAGUAGUACUAUCAGUGCUGAUAGCGACGGUGACGGCGGCUUCUUCACGCCGCGCUCGCUAAGUGCGGCGGGAACGGCGGAAAAGCGGCGCUCGUUUGGCGGAAGCGUUACAGGCGGAGGCGCACACGGUCCCCUGGAGGUGGUGGAUAUUGGGGGAGCGCGGGCGGAAGUGGGGCAGGUGUAUCUGCCCUUCAAAUCCCAAUUCCAACCCCCUCCUUUGCCUUCCCCCAUCACCCGGCCGUUCCGACUCCCUCCUCUCUCCCCCUCCUUCCCCAAUUUUCUUUUUUCAUUCCCUUCCCCCUCCCCCUCCCCCUCCCUGUUCGACCCAGUGGACCUUCCUUGCUCCAUUUCCUCACGGGAGAAACCCGUGCCUCUCAGCCGUACGAUUUCCGUUAUCAACGGUGCACAUGCCGCCUGGAAAGAUGCCCAUGGGUCUGCCUUCAUGCCACCUCAGCAGCAGCAGCAGCAGCAGCAGCAGCAGCAGCAGCAGCAGCAGCAGCAGCAGCAGCAGCAGCAGCAGCAGCAGAAGCAGUUAGCGGACCCCAACCAGCAAGAUGAAAUGCUUCUAAGCCAGCUGCGGGAAUCGGUGGACUGCACACGUGGCGGCACUGUGGACGGCAGCACGGAGAAGGAGGAGGGGAAGGGGGAAAGGAAGGAGGGAAAGGGGGAAAGGAAGGAGGGGAAGGGGGAAAGGGAGAAGGAGGGGAAGGGGGAAACGAAGAAGGAGGGGAAGGGGGAAAGGGAGAAGGAGGCGAGGGCAGGAAGUACGAGGAGGGAGAGGAGGAAGGAUGAAGUUGGGGAGGAAAUGGGGGAGGAGGGGCAAGGUGGGAGGAGUGGAAGGAGAGAAGGAGACAAAAAGGUGAAGAGAAUUGUCAAGAGUAAAUCCAAUGUUGAGGGGAAGGUAAAGAAAGGGAUGUUAAAGAAGCUGCUAAAAAAGGGGACAAAGCGGACUGGCAAAACCUCUGGUGAUGGUGGUGAUGCUGAUGGUGAUGGUGGUGGUGGUGGUGAUGGUGAUGGUGAUGGUGAUAAGGUUGACAAUGGUGUGUAUGAGGAGGAUGGCUCAUAUAGAGAGGAGCAAUUCACGGAGGGAGUGAGAGAGGAGGGAGUGAGAGAGGAGGGAGUGGCCGAGGAGAGAGUGAGAGAGGAGAACGAUGAGGGGAAUAUGAACCAGCUAGGCAAAUGCAGCAGCAGCAGCAGCAGCAGCAGCAGCAGCAGCAGAGGCAAGGAAUUGAGGCGAUCGCCUCUCAUUCGCAAACCCUCAUUUCCCAAGAAAAGUACCACUUUCCCUACCUCUUCCUCACUUACCGUCUCCUGCUUCCCUCCCCUCUCCUCUCCCUUCUCCUCCCCUUUCUCCUCCCCUCUCGCCUCCCCUCGCGCCUCCCCUCACCCCUACACUCUCCGCCGUUCUCCUCGCUUUCGACAACAGCAACCCUUCCCUCCAUCCCCUCCCACGGCAGAGGCCAGUAGCAGCAGCUCCGUUAGUGACACUGAAAGCAUCAGCAUGGCUGAUGAGAUUAUGACUGUUGAUAAGACGUCCUAUCUGGAACAGGAGCGUUCUGAAACGCGUACAGGAGGAAGGGGAGAGAGUGGGGAGGGAGGAGGGGGGGAGAGCGACCAGGAUUGCUCGCAGAGCGACCGUCAACAGGCAUCUGACCGUCCAUCUGAAACUGCAAAGUCAGCGUUGCAUCCCAGCCGCUCGUUGCCUGCUCGUGCUCCUUCCAUUUUUUCCAUUGGCUCUUCCCCCUCUCCUGCCCCUCUUCCUCCUCUUCCUCCUCCUCCUGCCGCUGCUGCUACUGCUGCUGCUACUGCUGCUGCUGCUUUCUGUGCUGCUGCUGCUGCUGCUGCUGCUGCUGCUGCUGCUGCUGAUGAUGAUGAUGCUGCCAUGAUACCAGAACCAAACAGACGACACACCACCGGCAGGGCGAGUGAGAGUGGGAAGGGUUCUAAGAUGUCUCGUACGACAAGCAUGGGUGGACAAGAGUUGGGUGUGCGUGGGACUGGGAGGACUUUUGAGGCGCCUCUAAAGUCGUCUGGAGUGGGGUUGGAUGGGAGUGCCAUGGCUCUCAACAUUUAUUCUGAUGUUGGUGUUGUGAAGGGAGUGACGGGAGGUAGUUGUGGUGACAAUGAGGAGGUUCUUAGCGAGGAUGAAAGGGGUGAGGAGGAAGGGAGUGAAUUGGAGUUGGUGAGUCCAGAUUCGAACUGGUUCAGGGUCGGGAGAGAGAAAGGAAGAGAGAAAGGAAGAGAGAAAGGAAGAGAGGAGGGACGAGAGGAGGAAGUUCAGAAUCUGCGGGGUAGAAAAGGAGUGGAAGAAAAGGGCAAAGGGGAGGGCAAAGAGGAGGAGGAUGAUGAGGAUGAGGAGGGUGAUGAGGAUGAGGAUGAGGAGGAGGAUGAUGGGGAUGAGGAGGAUGAUGGGGAUGGGGAGGAGGAUGAGGAGGAGGAGGAGGAUGGUGGGGAUGAGUUGACUCCAAUUGCCACGCCUGUAGCAACCACUGUGGCCCUUUCCCGCUCUCCUGUGCUUACUCCGAGGAAGAACAAAGAGGAAGAGGAGGAGGAGAAGGAAGAGGAGGAGGAGGAUGAGGAAGAGGAGGAUGAGGAUGAUCAAGAGGAGGAGGAGGACGAGGAAGAGGAGGAGGAGGACGAGGAAGAGGAGGAGGAGGAUGAGGAAGAGGAGGAGGAGGAAUCUACUGUUAUCACUAGUCCUGUGGCGCUGUUCCCCUCCGGCUGCCCCAUCUCCCUCUUCUCAGAGGGGCCGGAGAAGGGUGUACCGUUUACCAUCCGAAAGGGAAAAACUGGGGUGUCAGGGGAUUCUGCUGCUGUUUCAGGUGGUUUUUCACAUGGUGGGGUUUCAGCAGGUGAAUCUUCAGGUGGGGGGGGCAGUGGUAGGCCCAGGCACAGGCAGUGCAAAUCUUUUUCCGGCUUUGACUUUGGCUUGAUUGCACCGACAGUUCUUGAGGAUCGGCCGAAAGAGUCCAGGUUCAAUGUAGCUGGGCAGGAAGCGGGAGGGAAUUCGCGGCGAAACGGGGCAGCACAGAAAAAGGGCGCGGGACGAGAAGAGGGUGUGCGGGCCAGCAAAGCACGGUUCAAUGUAUCUGGGCAGGAAGCGGGAGGGAAGACUGGUGGCAGGGAGAAUUCGGGACGAAACAGGAAAGUACAGCAGAAAAGGGUGGGACGAGAAGAGGGAGCGUGGGCCAGGCAAGCACGGCUUUCCAUUCCAAAGGCAAACACUGGGGGUUCUGUGGCUGCUGCUGCUGCUCCUGCCGCCGCCGCCGCCGCUGCUGCUGCUGCUGCUGCUGCCGCUGCUGCUGCUCGGGCUUCAGGUGGUGGGAAUUUAGCAGGUGGGGGAGGCGCUGGUAGCCCCAGGCACAGGAAGUGCCAGUCGUUUUCCAAUUUUGACUUUGGCUUGAUUGCACCUGGACAGACGGCUUUCGAGGCACAGUCACAAGAGGCCAGGUUCAAUGCACCUGGACAGGAAGAGAGGAGGAGGACGGGUGGGGGGGCAAAGGAUAGGCAGGAGGGGGCUGUAUGGAAAGAAAGCGUGGGACAAGAAGAGGGGGCGUGGGCCAGGCAAGCACGGCUUGCCAUCCCAAAGGCAAACACCGGGGGCUCUGUGGCUGCUGCUUCUCCUGCCGCCGCCGCUGCUGCUGCUGCUGCUGCUCGGACUUCAGGUGGUGGGAGCUCAGCAGGUAAAAAAUCAGGUGGGGGUGGUGCUGGUAGCCUCAGGCACAGGAAGUGCCAGUCGUUUUCCAAUUUUGACUUUGGCUUGAUAGCACCUGGACAGACGCAUUUCGAGGCACAGCCACAAGAGUCCAGGUUCGGUGUAUCUGGACAGAGGAUGCCUGAGGCGCAACCAAAAGAGGUCAGGUUCGAUGCACCUGGACAGGAAGAGAGGAGGACGGGUGGGGGGCCAAAGGAUGGGCAGGAGGGGGCUGUACAGCAAAAGGUGGGGGGACUAGAAGUGGGAGCGUGGGUCCAACAAGCACGGCUUGCCAUCCCAAGGGGAAACACUGGGGUUUUAGUAGCCACUCAUUCUGCUCAUACUGCUCAUUCUGCUCAUACUGCUACUGCUCAUGCUGCUGCUGCUGCUGUUGCUGCUGCUGCUGCUGCUGUUGGUGGUGGUCGUGGUGGUGGUAGGGUUUCAGGUGAUGGGAAUCCAGCAGGUGAAAAUUCAGGUGGGAGGGGCACUGGUAGGCUUGGACCUGGACACAGGCAAUGCCUGUCGUUUUCUGGCUUUGAGUUUGACUUGGGUCAGUGGGAUAUGGGGACGGGAACCAAUCGCAAGUCUAAGGACUUGGGUCAGUGGGAUAUGGGGAACGGCAGGGAGGGAGGGAGAGGAGUGGGGAUAGCGAGCAGGGUAGAGAGCUUGAUUGAGUGGGAUAUGGGGGACGGGAGGGAGGGAGGGAGAGGAGGGGGGAUAGCGAACAGGGGGCGUAGAGAGGAGGGCUUGAGUGUGUGGGAUAUAGAGGACGGGAGGGAGGGAGGGAGAGGAGGGAGAGGAAUGGGGAUAGUGGGUAGAGUGGAGAGUUUGUGUGAGUGGGAUGUAGGGGACGGGAGGGGGGGAGGGGGAGGAGGAGGGAUAGCGAGCACGGGGCGUAGAGAGGAGGGCUUGAGUGUGUGGGAGAGGAGGAGUUGGGGGGAGAGAGGGCAGGAAAGUGAAGGAAGAGAGGAGAGAGGGGGUUUGUCACCUAGAGGGGCUUUGUCACUUAGAGGGGAUUUGUCACCUAGAGGGGAUUUGUCACCUAGAGGGGAUUUGACACCUAGAGUAGUGUCGCUCGCGGUUAGGGUGAAAGGAAGAGGAGGAGAGAGAGAGGCGGAUGGAGGAGGGAGGAGGGGAGGGAGAGGAGGGGAGACGGAUGGGAAAGGGAGAGGGCAAGAAGGGAGGGGAAGGAGGGGAGGAGAGGGUAAUGGAGGUAAGGCAGCGACAGAAGAGGUGAGUCCAGUGGCAGCAAUGGGCGGAGGCAGUAGCAGCAGAGGCACGGGCGUGGGUGGGAGGAGAAGAGGUGGGAGCAUGGAUAUGGGCGCUGUUUGGAGGGAAAGAGCAGGAGGGGAAAUGGCAGGAGGGGGAGUGGCAGGAGGGGAAAUGGCAGGAGGGGGAGUGGCAGGAGGGGAAAUGGCAGGAGGGGGAUUGGCAGGAGGGGAAAUGGCAGGAGGGGGAGUGGCAGGAGGGGAAAUGGCAGGAGGGGGGGCAGCAGGAGGAGACACAGGGGUUCCCAUGUCCCCGAGAGGCGUGGGCAGGAGAGACAUCAUUAAAAGCUACAGCACCGCAAGUCCAAGCAUCAAAGCCAUGAAGGUAGCGGGAGGAGGGGGAACCUUUAGCAGAGUAGCAGCAGAGGGAGCAGCAGGGGGAGCAGCAGGGGAAGCAGCAAGGGGAGGGGUGCCAAUUCUCCUCAGUAAAAGCUACAGCACUGCAAGUCCAAGUAUCAAAGCCAGUUUUGAGACGCAUCAAAGCUUCAGCGCUGCAAGUCUAAGCAUCAAAGCCAUGACGGUAGCGGGAGGAGGGGGGCCCAUUAGAAGAGCAGCAGCAGGGGGAGCAGUAGGGGCAGCAGCAGAGGGAGCAGCAGGGGGAGCAGCAAGGGGAGGAGGGGCAGCAGGAGGGGACACAGGGGUCCCCAAGUCUCCUCGAGGGGUGCCUAUGAGGGGAGGCGGACAGAGAGAGGCUGCAGCAUGGGCAAUGGCUCAAGCUCAAUAUCCUGAUUGUGCCUCUGCAGCAGGAGAGGACAUAGGAGUUCCCAAGUCCCCCCGAGAGGCAGCAGCAAAGGCAAUGGCGAGGCACAACGCGGCCAUGCGCUGGAAACGCACGGCGCAAGCUCAUGCUGCGGCUGCUGCUGCGUCUGCUUCUGCUGCUACUGCUGAUGCUGAUGCUGAUGCUGCUGGUAAUGCUGCUGCUGAUGCGGCUGGUAAUGCUGCUGGUAGUUCUGCUGCCUCUGCUGCUGAUGCCAGUGCAACCGGUGCUGCUGCUGCUGCUGCAACGGCCACAGCAACAGCAACAGCAGAAGCAGAAGCAGCAGCAGCAGCAGCAGCAGCAGCAGCAGCAGCAGCAGCAGCAGCAGCAGCAUCUCCUGCUUCAUCAACAGAGGCAGUCCCAGCCUACCUCCCCAACCCCCUCUCGCAGCUUCCCGAAACCUUCUCAGCAGUGUCUAACCUGCUGCAUUCAUCUGGGCUCGGCGCGUGGCUCUCUCCCGGACCUAGCCCGGUAGGUUCGGCUGCUCACACGCCUGCAGGUUCGGCUAUUCACACGCCUGCUGGUUCGGCUGCUCACACCCCUGCUGCAUCCGAUGAUGAUAGCAGCCCUCGCAAGCUGCAGCCUGCUAGGCUUGGCCGAACGGGAGAUCAGCAGCAGCAAAGGCAGCAGCAGCAGCAGCAGCAGCAGGGGGAGCAGGUACAGCGGAGAACAGGCGGAGCAAAUCAAACGGGGCUGGGUCCUGGAGGGCUGCCAUCGGGAGUGAGAAGGCGGGCGAGAAUGGCCCGGCCGAACCUUGAAAGUGUGCAGGCGUCGUGGGUGCAUGAGGACCCAGAGGAUGAUCCUGAGUAUGCCGGCUGGGGUGCCACUCCUAAAGGAGGAAAGGCAUCAACAGGAGGCUUCUGA